GAUGUGCCUCAGACCGGGAAGCAUCUGUCACAACUGGAAUCUUUCCUGUUGAGUAGCUUUGUGUCAUGUACUCCGACACUGGCAAUCCCUGGAAUUUUGAGUAUGGCCUUGCCAACGUGACGUGUUGAUGUGAUUCUCUUUAGAAAGACAGCUCAUCUUGCUUGCAUCAGGGCUGGGUUUGUCAACGUUUCCCUAUUAGUAAAGCAGAAAGAGGGUAAGAACGUCGAGCUUCUCCGGAGAGCCCUGUCCAUUCGAGAGCCUCUCGCAGCAGCAGCUCUGAGGGCCCUUUACAAGCACUUCCUUCUUAGGGCUGGGCUUUCUGCCCAGCAGGUGGGGAGUUGAAUCACUAAGGACACAAAUGGAAAGGGAGGGGCAAAAAAGUGAAGACUUGCAUUUCCUUGAGGGACACAGCACCAGUCCAACCUGCCACGCUGACCGCUGACCACUUCACCAUCAGAAAGCAGCCAAGGUGGUUACUCAGUGGCUACCGUGUGCCCAGGUCUGGUCUAGGCGCUGGAAAGGGCAAAACAUAGCCUUGCUGUGAUGGAGGCGGCACCCUAGAGGGAGAGGAUCCAACAGUAAAUGCAUGCAGUCAUUCAGCCUGCGGGUGACAUGUGCCAGGGAGAAAAACAAGCCAAGGCAGUGCUUGGUGUCAAAAUGGGCUCCCUGGGCACUGCAAACGUUGAAUUCUGCCUGGAUGUGUUCAAGGAGCUGAGCAGUAACAACGUAGGAGACAAUGUCUUCUUUUCUCCCCUGAGUCUGCUCUCUGCGCUGAGCAUGCUCCUCCUCGGUGCCAGAGGGAACAGUGCAGAGCAAAUAGAAAAGGUGCUUCACUAUAAUCGUAUGGCAGCUUUCUUAAAACCAGAGUUCAAGGACUCAGCAGAGUGCAGUCGAGCCGGAAGGCUGCAUUCAGAGUUUGGAGUCCUCCUCUCUCAAAUCAAUCAACCAGGCACUAACUAUACCCUCAGCAUUGCCAACAGACUCUAUGGGACAAAGGCAAUGGAAUUCCAUCAGCAAUAUUUAAGCUGUUCUGAGAAACUGUAUCAAGCCAGGCUACAAACAGUUGAUUUUGAACAGUCUACAGAAGAAGUGAGAAAAACCAUUAAUGCUUGGGUUGAAAAUAAAACUAAUGGAAAAAUUACAAACCUCUUUGGAAAGGGCACAAUUGACCCUUCCUCUGUAAUGGUCCUGGUGAGUGCCAUAUAUUUCAAAGGACAAUGGCAAAAUAAAUUUCAGGAAAGAGAGACUGUUAAAACCCCCUUUCAGCUAAGUGAGGAUAAAAGUGUCAUUGUGGAAAUGAUGUAUCAAACUGGGACAUUUAAGUUGGCCUCCAUCAAUAAGCCACAGAUGCAGGUCCUUGAGCUGCCCUAUGCUGACAACAAACUGAGCAUGAUCAUUCUGCUUCCAGGGGGCACGGCUGAUCUAGAACAGAUAGAGAAGCAGCUGAAUGCCAGGACCUUCCAGGAGUGGACCAGCUCGCCUAACAUGACGGAAAGAGAGGUGGAAGUGUACGUCCCCCGAUUCAAACUCGAGAUCAAGUACGAGCUGAACUCCCUGCUCAAAUCGCUGGGGAUGACAGACAUCUUCAACCAGGCCAAAGCGGAUCUCUCUGGGAUGUCACCGGACAGACGCCUCUACUUAUCAAAAGUCAUCCACAAAUCCUAUGUGGAUGUCAACGAGGAGGGCACGGAGGCAGCGGCAGCCUCUGGGGACAGCAUCGCUGUGAAAAGACUCCCCAUCCGAGAUCGGUUCUUGGCGAAUCGUCCCUUCUUGUUCUUCAUAAGGGAUAUUUGUACCAAAAUGAUUCUCUUUGGGGGCAAGCUCGCCUCUCCAUAAACAGAAGGGCUGGAUGAGACAGAGACACAGAGGAGUUGUGAGGGCAAACAGGUGGCUGCAUCUGCACCUCACAGUCCUCUGUGCCUCAGUUUGCUCUUCUGCAAAACAGGUCUAUGAUCUCUUCCAGCUCAUCCAUGAGUUGGUAAAACUGAGGCUGUGAUCAUCAUGGAAGAAAAAAAAUUACACAAAAGCUUUUCUGGCUUUCUUAUCUUUGGGGCCUUGUGUGAGUGCUACCCAGGUGACAUGAUCAAGUCAGUGAGGAAACAGUUAAAGGCUUAGAUUCUCUUGACUUGUAUAUACCAGUGAGAUCAUGAAUAAGUGACUGCUCUGCCUUCUGAAAAACAAUUUAAGGGUUUCUACUUAUGAUUUCUAUUAUGAUUUCUUUGCUGUUUAAAUAGAAUUUUAGUUCAAAAUUCUGUAUUGACCAUAAUAAAAGUGUGAAAUGUC